CUCGUCGCGCGCGGGAACGCCGGAACCGCUCGUCUGGAAGCUUCUGGAACGAAUACGAAAUUGCCUGCUAUAAUCGAGUUUUGAACCGCUUUGGAAGGAGUCGCCGAGUUUUUUCGAUGGUUUCGAUAGAAGAGGAUUCGACUGUCAACAACGACCGUGUGAGGAUAAAGAGUCAGUCGUGAUUUUAGCAGAGCGAAAACAUCGAGUUUGGUCCGAUGCAACAACAGCAGCAAAGGAGCGAGAAAAUUUUCGAUAGAUAAGGCUGCGAGAGAUGUCACACCUCUGCAGCCUCAGACUCCGCUACCUGGCGAGGAAAGCCAGGAGUUUGGAGUCGAUCCUGGAGUGUAAACUGCUGGGGAACAGUGUUAGGGUUAGAACUGUCGGCUCCGCUGAACGAAGAGGUUAUGCACUGCAGGCCAGCAGGCUUCGUGUUACUCAGGAAGGUGGAGAUGAGUAUUAUAAGGGAGAAGAGAGUUUUCGGGGUAGUAAAGGAGAGGAAAGAAGUUUGAAGAGUCUGGGUUUGAUUCUGAGUGGUCUGGGACUAGCUAUUGCUUUAGUCGAGCAUCCGAAUAAUUUGUUGGAAAGAAGAUUUUUCUUAGCAGCACAGUAUGGCAAUAUCCUUGACUUGAAGAAGGCCAUUGACAGUGGAUUGGACGUAAAUACAAGACACUCAUUAGGGUGGACAGCAUUACAAACAGCUGCAAUAAAUGGAAGAGUAGAAGCUCUACGUUACCUCAUUGAACGUGGAGCUGAUAUCAAUGCAGGUGACAAUUUUGUCAAUGUUUACAAAACUGCUAUGGAAAAGAGAAUGCAUCCUUCAGAUGUUUUAAGUGAAAGGGAGGAAGAAUUCUCAGAUCGUCUUAUUGCUCGAGCAACUUUUAAAGGCUUCACUGCUCUUCACUAUGCAGUUCUAGCUCGUUCCAAAGACUGUGUCAAGGCUCUUUUAGAUGCUGGAGCAAAUCCAACCAUUGAAAAUGAGGCUGGACGCAGGGCUGUUGAUUAUGCUUACAUGGAUAAGGAAAUUGAAGACAUGUUAAUAAAGCAUGCUUUAAAGUAUGAUGAAAUAAUCAAAGAGAAAGAAGCUGAAGAGAGGCGAAGGUUUCCCCUGGAACAGAGAUUAAAGCAAUUCAUUGUAGGUCAAGAGGGCGCGAUUUCUAUCGUGGCAUCAACCAUACGAAGAAAAGAAAAUGGCUGGAUUGAUGAGGAACACCCUUUAGUAUUCCUAUUUUUGGGAUCUUCUGGUAUAGGAAAAACCGAGUUGGCAAAACAACUGGCAGCCUACAUUCACAGAAACAAACCUGACUCUUUCAUAAGGCUCGACAUGUCGGAAUACCAGGAAAAGCACGAGGUUGCCAAACUCAUUGGAGCACCUCCGGGUUACGUUGGUCACGACGACGGUGGCCAGUUGACGAAAUUACUGAGAAAAUCGCCAUCCGCUGUCGUGCUCUUUGACGAAGUAGACAAGGCACAUCCAGACGUUCUUACAGUACUGUUGCAGCUGUUUGACGAGGGAAGACUGACCGACGGCAAAGGCAAGACGAUAGAGUGCAAGGAUGCGAUUUUUAUCAUGACCUCGAAUCUCGCCAGCGAAGAAAUCGCUGAACAUGCCAUGCAGUUACGCGAAGAAGCCGAAAGACUCCUGACGAAGAGACUCGACGACAAAACUAACGACGACCAGGAGCCGGAGAAUAUUGAGAUCUCUCGAAAUUUUAAGGAUCAAGUGGUUCGUCCGAUUCUAAAAUCUCAUUUCCGACGUGACGAAUUUCUGGGCCGCAUCAACGAAAUAGUCUAUUUUCUGCCGUUCUCGCGAGCCGAACUGAUCAAGCUGGUAGUUCGUGAACUGGAAGCGUGGGCUUCUAGAGCCCGAGAGCGUCAUAAGAUCGAACUCAAGUGGGAUCGAGAGGUGCUCUCGGUCCUUGCUGAUGGCUACGACGCACACUACGGCGCAAGAUCCAUAAAACACGAGGUUGAGCGACGCGUUGUCAACCAGCUUGCCACUGCUCAUGAACGUGGACAACUUGAUCCAGGUUGCUGCGUUUUGCUGAAAGCUAGAUGGCACAAAAAUGGAGCCAGUAUAGGACUCUCCGUGAAGCCAAAAGGUGUUAAGGAUUUCGUCGAUCUCGUAGACACCGACAAAUUCAUCAAGAAUGGCAACUCACGUUUCUAAAAGAAUCGACGCACGCACAUAAGAGUCGAAAUCUAUAUAAAAUUUAUCGAAAAAUACUUUAAUACAGUAUAUAGGACAAGCUGUGCUUAUCCGAAAUACUUACGCGCAUGCAGGAUAAUUUAUAUUUGUUAGACUAUUUGCUUCAAGAGAACGUACGUACGAUGAGCAACGAAAGAUGCAACUAAAACGGCUUUGUUGAGCAUGCCUUAAAUUUUUAUGACAUUGAAUAAUAUAUACUCAAAGAGAAUCACGUGUCAGUGAUAGUCACGUCCACUAAACGUAGGCACAGUAUUAAAUUCACUAUGUGUACGCUAAAAUUAACCGAUGAAAAUAAUCGUCUGUGACGCGGGACUCGUGAUAAAGCCGCCUUCAGUGAUAACUUGCCAAAAAGCACUUGUAAAUAUACUAAAAACAAAUUGAUAAGCAUGUUAAUACAAAAUGUUUUGUAGAAAGAUGUAUACUUUAUUGUUUUCAAGACUGUUUACAGCCUAAUAAAUAUGAGUUUAGAUUAGAA